AUCUUCUCUUGGGCAUGGGAAAUCCUCCACAGUAGUAGAUGUUGCAGGUAGUUCCGGUGCUCCUUAUAAUGGGAGUGAUAUGAGUAGUCAUAUUGAUGAUUACUCAAGUCCUAUUUAUGGAAAACAAGAUGAUCUUCAAGAUGAUGGGAAUGCUGCCAUUGGCCUUGAUCUGGGCAAAAGAACAUGGCAUGAUUUUGAACAAGAUGUAUCAUUCGUGAAGAAUAAAGUCAAGGAAAAUGAUUUAUCAUCCAUUGAUAAGUUCGUAUGCAGUGCUCAAAGCAAGUCAGAGAAUGCUGGAAAUGAAGAAAAUAUGAUCAUAAUAUUGAAAAAAGCACUUGAAGAAGAGAAAGUGCUGCUUGUGCUGCUCUUCAAUUAGAGCUAGAGAAAGAGAGAGCUGCAGCUGCAACUGCCACAGAUGAAGCCAUGGCCAUGAUUCUGCGUCUUCAAGCUGACAAGGCGUCAAUAGAAAUGGAAGCCAGGCAGUAUGAGAGGAUGAUAGAAGAAAAAUUUGAGUAUGAGGAAGAAGAGAUGAACAUAAUGAAAGAGAUCCUUUUUAGGCGGGAAAGGGAGAAUCAUUUUCUUGAGAAAGAAGUUGAAGCAUAUCGGCAGAUGAAAUCUUUUGGAAAUGGGCAGUCAGAAGUUGAUUUUAGCUUUUUGAUCAGUGAGUGGGGACAAAAGCCUUUACAUUCUCUUGAUUCAAAUGAGUAUCUGAUGGAGUUUGAGAAAGGUAAAUCAUUUGAUAAGAACAAAGUUGAAAAAGCUGCAAAUUUGCCGUCAAGUUAUGAAGCUUCGUCUGCUGAGAUAACAUCUGAGGCUUCCCAAACUUGCCAUGAAAAUGAGAAAAUUGUGUCAAGUUCUGGAGAAAAAUUUGGGAAGGUUGAGGAACAUGAAACUAAAAUAUGUAGUGAUCUCCAAUGUCCCAAGUUUGAUUCAGAGCCUAUUGUUUACGAUGUCCAUGUCAUUGAUGAUAAAACUGAACUUGUAAAGGAGGAAAAUGGAAAAGAAGACAGACUAUCAAAUUGUGUUGCUCUUGAUUCUGGAGGCUCAAGCAGUGAGGUCUUGAGUGAUUGUACAAGUUCAAGGGUUGCUGAGACCAACCAGAACAAUCAUAAAAGUUUCGAACUGAAAGAUGGGAUACCAGUGUUGGAUAAUUCACAAAGCAAAAACUUGCCUUCUGACCUAGAUAGGAAUUCUUCAUCUGCAUCCAGUGUAAAAAGAUCAAAGAUUGACUUUGAAGUUGAAUCACUCAGAGAAAGGCUAAGAAUAGUGCGAGAAGGAAAAGAGAAGUUAACUUUCUCUGCAGAUCAUAGGGAAAUUAUAAAUGCCCAAUUGAAACUGGUGGAGGAGAUAGUGAACCAGCUGGAACAGUUCCAACUGCUGCGAGAGCCUACUCGGCAAGCUUCAUUGCCCCCUUCAUCUUCUAAAUCAAAGGUGGGCUUGAACUUGAAGAAAAGACGCUGUCGAAGUGUGCCUUCCGAAGGCCAUGAUAGUUCCUAAAUUCAAAGUAGUAAUCUUUCCCUCUGCUUCUUUCUUUUUCUUGCGUAUCUUAUUGUACAAAUAACAGUAAGGAAAUUGUGCAUAAACUUUGUAAAGUCACCUGUUGUAGCUGUAUGUCUCUUGUAUAAUGUAACAAUUAUCUUUUUGUUUAAA